AAAGAGAGAAAAAAAAACAAACUCUGAUAUUUGCCUUCCUCCUCCUAUUCUUCUUCUUCUAACCUACGCGCUUUUCCCUCAUCCGGUGCACCUUAGCCGUCUUCUGAUCUACGCCAAUUAUUUGCUUCUGUUUGCUAAAGUUCCCUUCUUUUGUUUCCCUCAAUCUUGAUUCCAGUCCCAACUACAAAAGAUCCUAGAGGUGUCAGUAAGGGCAAGCGAUUAUGAGCUGCUUCAACUGCUGUGGAGAAGAUGAUAUGCACAAGUCUUAUGAUAAUGGACCAUUCAUGGCAAAUAAUGCAGCAGGGCAUAAUGCAGGUUAUCGUGCCACAGAGGCUGCACCAAAGGACACACAGGCCGUAGCUAUCCAACCUAUUGCUGUCCCUGCUCUUCAAGUGGACGAGUUAAAAGAAAUUACAGAUAACUUUGGUACAAAGUCCUUGAUUGGUGAAGGAUCAUAUGGACGAGUUUACCAUGGUGUCUUGAGAAGUGGGCAAGCAGCAGCUAUCAAAAAGCUUGACUCCAGUAAGCAACCAGACCAAGAAUUCUUAGCACAGGUUUCUAUGGUAUCGAGGCUUAAACAUGAUAACGUCGUCGGGCUACUCGGGUAUUGCGUUGAUGGUGGUCUAAGAGUGCUGGCCUAUGAAUAUGCUUCAAAUGGGUCUCUUCAUGAUAUUCUGCACGGAAGAAAAGGCGUUAAAGGUGCACAGCCCGGUCCAGUUCUAUCAUGGUCUCAAAGAGUUAAGAUCGCUGUUGGGGCUGCAAAAGGACUUGAAUACUUGCAUGAAAAGGCGCAGCCUCAUAUUAUCCAUCGUGAUAUUAAGUCCAGUAAUGUUCUGCUUUUUGAUGAUGAUGUUGCUAAGAUUGCUGAUUUUGAUUUGUCAAAUCAAGCACCUGACAUGGCAGCGCGCCUUCAUUCCACCCGUGUUCUUGGUACCUUUGGUUAUCAUGCACCUGAAUAUGCUAUGACUGGACAGUUGAGUUCAAAGAGUGAUGUUUACAGCUUUGGAGUGGUUCUCCUAGAACUCUUGACAGGCCGGAAGCCGGUUGACCACACUUUGCCUCGUGGUCAGCAGAGCCUGGUCACAUGGGCAACACCAAAACUCAGUGAAGAUAAGGUGAAACAGUGUGUUGAUAUUAGACUGAAUGGGGAAUACCCGCCCAAGGCAGUUGCCAAGAUGGCGGCGGUUGCAGCCUUGUGUGUGCAAUAUGAAGCAGAUUUCAGGCCAAACAUGAGCAUUGUCGUUAAAGCACUGCAGCCGUUGUUGAAUGCUCGUGCUGGACCCCAAACUGAAGCACCACAUUUGUGAAAUGAAUCUCAAUCUCUAGGGCUGGCUGGACCCUUUACCUCUGCUUAAUCAUCAUGUCAUUGUUUAGCAGAUAUUUAUGUUGUGUAAAAUCAAUCAUUUUACAUAUUCUUUUGUUUGAAAAAGGUGUUUGUUCUUUCUUUGUAAUUUGUCGUAAAUAUGGAAGGGAUUAGGUGUGGCUCGCUUUCACCAAACAAACUCUAUGAUAAACAAGUUCAUUUGCUUUCUGGAAAUGUGGUUUUGGC